AUGAAGCUUAGCAGAAGCCUCUUUAUUCUCUCCAUUUUGAGUAUAUUGUGCAUAACGAUAGAAGCCGUAAAAAUCAAACCUAGAAAUAUUAUAAGAAAUCGGAGAGGCAUAUCCGAUUGUGAAACAAGCAUUAUUUACGUCACGGCGACUUCCGUCAAAACUAUUGAUUUCACGAAGACAUGCGUCGAAACUGACACCACUACUGUAACGGAUACCACUACGAAUACUAUUGAUGUCACAAAGACAUGCACUGUAACGGACACUAUUGAUGUCACGAAGACGUGCACUGUAACGGACACUAUUGAUGUCACGAAGACAUGCACUGUGACGGACACUAUUGAUGUCACGAAGACAUGCGUCGAAACUGACACCACUACGAAUACUAUUGAUGUCACAAAGACAUGCACUGUAACGGACACUAUUGAUGUCACUAAGACGUGCGUCGAAACUGACACCACCACGAGUACUAUUGUCGCCACGAAGACAUGUGUCGAAACCGACACCACUACUGUAACGGACACCACCACGAGUACUAUUGACGUCACGAAGACAUGCGUCGAAACCGAAAUCACUACUGUAACGGACACCACCACGAGUACUAUUGAUGUCACGAAGACAUGCACUGUAACGGACACUAUUGAUAUCACGAAGACAUGCACUGUAACGGACACUAUUGAUGUCACGAAGACAUGCGUCGAAACUGACACCACCACGA